CUUCCUCCUCUUUCGGUAGCGCUCUUAUCAGGAAAUAUCUCUAGUUCUUCCUAAACCCAGCAGAAAACCCAGCUAAUGGCCGUUGAAAACCGCAUAGUGCUUUUCAAAACCUGAUUUUGAUUCAUGGCUUCUUCUCCACUAACCCUUCCGCCCCGCCCAAGUCCAUCAAUGGAGCUCUCCUCCGCAAUCCGCGUUCUCCCAAGCCCUUCCUCUUCUCCAACCUCAUAUCUUUCAUUCUCCUCCUCCAUCUCUACUUUUCCCCUGAAAUCCCAAUUCAAACCCCUCCGAUUCUUACCCCCUUCCAUCUCAAUCCGUGCAGUCUCCGUCGCCGGUGAGCAAUCCGGCCCACCACAACAAAUCCUAACCCUAACCACCACACCGGCCAACAGCCCCCAGCGCCUCCUCAAAGAGCUAGCCGAGCGCAAGAAGGUCACUUCACCCAAGAAGAAGAUCCCUCCCCGAAGAUUUAUACUCAAGCCUCCCCUUGACGACGCUAAGCUCACACAGAGGUUCCUUAAUAGCCCACAGCUUUCCCUCAAGUCCUUUCCUUUGCUGAGCUCCUGCCUCCCACCUUCUCGCCUCAACAAUGCCGACAGAACCUGGAUUGAAGAGUAUCUUCUUGAGGCCAAGCAGGCCCUAGGUUAUCCUCUUGAACCUUCGGAGAAGCUUGGGGAUGAUAACCCAGCCAAGCAAUUUGAUACCUUGCUGUAUUUGGCAUUCCAGCAUCCGUUUGGUGAGGGUGAGAGAACCAAGGCGAGGCAUAUUAGGAAUGGGCAUUCUAGGCUUUGCUUUCUGGGGCAGUAUGUGAUUGAGCUUGCAUUUUCAGAAUUCUUCCUGCAAAAGUAUCCGCGAGAAUCUCCGGGACCAAUGAGAGAAAGGGUGUAUGCUUUGACUGGGAAGCAUGUUAUGCCCAAAUGGAUCAAAGCUGCGAGCUUGCAGAAUUUGGUGUUUCCUUAUGAUGAGAUGGAUAAGAUGAUACGCAAGGAAAGGGAACCACCGGUGAAAUCUGUAUUUUGGGCAUUGUUUGGAGCAAUUUAUCUCUGCUUUGGCAUGCCUGAAGUUUAUCGCGUUCUCUUCGAAGCAUUUGGAAUGGAUCCAGAGGAUGAGAACUGCCAACCUAAAUUGAGACGACAACUAGAAGAUGUAGAUUAUGUUUCAGUUGAAUUUGAAGGUCGUCAACUUGGUUGGCAAGAGGUUGCUGCAUACAGGCCUCCAGAAGAUGCACUUUUUGCUCAUCCAAGGCUUUUUAGGGCAUGUGUCCCGCCCGGAAUGCAUCGAUUCCGAGGAAACAUUUGGGAUUUUGAUUGCAGACCGAAAGUUAUGGAAGCACUAGGCUAUCCUUUGCAGAUGACUGACAGAAUUCCUGAGAUCACAGAAGCGAGGAACAUUGAACUUGGAUUAGGCUUGCAGUUGUGCUUCCUGCAUCCAUCAAAGUACAAGUUCGAGCAUCCUCGAUUUUGCUUUGAGCGAUUGGAAUAUGUAGGCCAAAAGAUUCAGGAUCUUGUAAUGGCUGAGAGAUUGCUCAUGAAGCAUCUUGAUGCUCCUGGAAGGUGGCUUCAAGAGAAGCAUCGGCGGCUCACGAUGAACAAGUUCUGUGGCCGGUACCUGAGAGAAAAGCAUCUCCACAGCUUCAUCAUAUAUAAUGAAGCAGUUCAGGACAAGUACGAGCAUAAUCGCCGGCUCAGAAAUCCAACUUCGACUGCCGUUCAGCAGGCGAUUCACGGGCUGUCUUACUGUGUCUAUGGAAAACCUGAUGUCAGGCGUUUGAUGUUUGAGGUCUUUGAUUUUGAGCAGAUUUUGCCUAAACCUGUGUGAAAAUCUGGAUAAAAUGAAUGCAGGUUUAGGCUUCUUUUGAGACGGCUUUCUUUUUGUUUCUUAAAGCUGUUUUCUAGUACAAAAAAUUUAACUUUUAUGCUAGGAAGCUGCUUUAAGAAGCAAUAAAAAAACUGCUCCAAACGAAGCCUUAGUCAUUCCUUCUGCGGCAGCUGCAGCUGCUUCACCUUUUCUUUGCUGUUUUUGAUCUGAGCAGCUUUGUAACUGAGUCACAGACUGAAAGGUCUUCCUUAGCCAUUAUGGAUCUGAGCUUUGGAGAAUUGGUAUGCAUACUUUUCAGAAGUUGCAGGUUGCAGAAUGUGACUGUUGAAGCAGAGUUUGUAUGAGGGAGUUUUGUAUGCAAAGCUGACAAAUUCAAUGC